UUGCGUAGCUGCUUUUCAUGUGGGGCGGCUUAUCGGCAUAGUCUUACUGUCCCUUGGUGCAACGAACGCUCAUUUUGUGGUUUAGGCACCCGACAUCACUAGCACCGCUUCCUAGUGGUACACCUGGUUACCCCAAUCCUUAGGGGCGCCGCCACCCUUGCCAAACCUACAACAAGGCGCCAUCACGAAAUAGGCAUCUGUGCAAAGGCCUGAAACGGCGACAAAUGUCCCCAGCUCCCCGAGAGAUUGCUAGACAAACCGCUGAGCAUUCUGGGCGGCUGUUGGGCUCACGGGCUACUCACACAGCAGUGCCAAGCAAGGAAGCUGGUGAGGAGGCUGGGAGGUGGUCUUACGGUGCCAUCGCGGCAGCGGCAGCUUCAGCAGCAGCUGUUGCAGCGGCUACAACAGCAACGAUAGGGUCGCGCGGAAUGCCUUCUGAGGACGCGCCGCCCAUCGCGUCGACAAGCUCGGGUGCAGAGGAAAGCUAUGACGGCCUUUCAUUUGUUUCGCAUAUGCUGGCGGGUUCGAUCGCGGGGACAGUCGAACACACAGCCAUGCAUCCAGUAGAUACCAUUAAGACGAGAAUGCAGGCGCUACACCCGCCAGGGCACUCCGGCUCUAUGAUAUCUCGGUCAUCUCUUCGCCAAAUGGUUCGGACGGUGCUGCAGCAGGACGGAGUGGCGGGCCUCUACCGGGGAGUGGGGCCGGUUGCAGCAGGGGCAGGCCCCGCUCACGCGCUCCACUUCGCCAUGUACGAGUGGGCCAAGGAGGCGCUGGGCGGCAACCGGCAGGGGCUGCACCCGCUGGAGACGGCGGCGGCGGGGUGCGUGGCCACGGUGGUGAACGAUGCGCUGAUGACGCCCGUGGACAGCGUCAAGCAGCGGUGCCAGCUCGAGGGCUCUCCCUUCCGCGGCGGCCUGGACGCUGCCCGCCACAUGCUGCGGCACGAGGGGCUGGGCUCCUUCUUCCGCUCCUACCGCACCACGCUGGUCAUGAACGUGCCCUUCACCGCCAUGCACUUCUCGGUGUACGAGACGGCCAAGAAGCUGAUCCACCAGGGUGAGGACGAGGAGACGCUGCGGGUGCAGCUGGUGGCGGGCGGGCUGGCUGGCGGCGCGGCAGCGGCGGUGACCACCCCGCUGGAUGUGGUGAAGACGCGGCUGCAGACCUGCGGAGCUGUCGACCCCUCGAGAUAUGGCAGUGUGGCAGUGUUGCCCACGCUACGUCAGAUUGUUCGCGAGGAGGGGGUGCAGGCGCUGUGGCAGGGCAUCAAGCCGCGGGUGCUGUUCCACAUCCCCGCAGCGGCGGUGUGCUGGGGCACCUACGAGAGCAUGAAGAGCGUGCUGCGAGGAUAAUGAGCGGGUGGUGAUGAGGGAUGUAGGGGUCUGCGGCUGCUACGGCUGCUAGGCACUGCUGCUAGGGCUACCAGAGCUGCAAGGGCUGCGGCUGGGGCUGGUUCUGCUACUACUGCCGGGUUGUUUAUCAGGUGUCGUCGAGGGGUUCGGCGGGAGAGCGACGAGAGGGGACGCGAGGGGUGCCGUGCUGCAGGUUCAGAAGAGCUCUGUGCCUACAUGAGGCGGCGGUGGAGGAAGUGGAGGAGGAAGAAAGCAGGUUUCUGGUAGGAAACUGAGUUAGGAUUGCAUGCGGCAUUGGGCGUGACUGCUGGCCUUGCGAAGCUUGUAGCGGCAAAGGCCUGGGAACCUGUUGGGGCGAGGAGAGCGUUCGUGACUCUUCGCAGCAACGAAGCAACAGCAGCAGCAGUGUGGGUGACUUGAGAGGCAUGGUCGCCUCAUUCCAGGCUGACAGGCACAGGCCCCAUGGGGUGCUGGAGGACCAGGGUGUAGAUUGCUGGAAGCGAAGAGGGCCGUGGGGCCGCGCUACGAGGGGGCUGCGGCUGUGGAUUGGGCUUUAGGAGCAGGAGAAGGUAAUGGUAAAGGCUGUAUUAGGCGCACGUGAUGGUAACGCGGGAGUGGUUUCCUCGCCCAAAUCCCCUCUUGCUCGCAUGAACGGUGUUUUGGUACGCUUGCGCCGUGUGAUGAGGGCAAGUGUCUAUAGUGUUUUUGCAGACACUUAUUUUGGUUCGAUAGUAGCCAUUGCGUUCCAGCGCAGGAGGAUCCGUAAACGUCAGUCCCCAAAACGUACUGUGUCCACCAAGGCCCAUACCUUGCCCUGUACUCUCAAUUCUACCCACCAACCUUUUUCACGAUGUACUCUCAAUUCUACCCACCAACCUUU